AUGGACAAGGAAGAUAGGCAAAGGGAGCAGCCCAGAGAACAAAGCGGAUUACCUGAACACAUCUUCCUCCUGGCUCACACCAACCUGCAGAAAAACUUCAGCUGCUGUGUCCUGGCCUUUCUCCUGUUUGCGGUCAUCUGUGUGUAGAAGAAAAAGAAGAAAGGGAAUUACUAUGAUUCCCUUAAAUUUCAAACCAAGAAAUUCCAGAUGUUGAAGAGUCUGGGGAAAGUGGCCAUGAGGUCUUAUUCCCAAUCUGCAUCCUCAAGCAGCACCCAGGACCCCCACAGGGGCAGCCAGGCCCUCAGCAACCCCAGAGGCCCAGCCAAGGAUCCAGAGGCCUCCUUCCAGGUGUGGAACAAGGACAGCUUUUCCAAAAACCUUACCCCCAUGCUGCAAACCAUCUGGAAGAAUUAUUUAAGCAUGAAAAAGUAAGUGUCCUACAAGGUGCCAGGGCCCGCCGUUAAGUUCAGUGCAGAGGCCCCGCGCUGCCACCUCCUGGACCACGUGAACGUAUCCACAGUAGAGACCACAGAUUUUCUCUUCAGUACCUCUGAGUAGGAGGGUUACCUGCCAAAGGACAGCAUUAGGACCAAGGCCAGGUCUUGGGGCAAGUGUGCUGUUUUCUCAUCAGCAGGAUCUCUGAAGUCCUUGCAACCGGGCAGAGAUCUAGAUGAUCAUGAUGCAGUCUUGAGGUUUAAUGAGGCACCCACAGCCAACUUCCGUCAAGAUGUAGCCACAAAAACUACCAUUCACCUGCUGAACUCUCAGUUGGUCACCACAAAAAGGCAUUUCCUCAAAGACAGUUUGUACAACGAAGGAAUCCUGAUUGUAUGGGACGCAUCUAUAUAUCAUUCAGAUAUUUCAAAGUGGUACCAGAAUCCAGACUAUAAUUUCUUUAAUAACUACAAGAGCUAUCGUAAGCUGCACCCCAAUCAGCUCCUUUACAUCCUCAAGCCCCAGGUGCCUUGGGAGUUGUGGGACAUCCUGCAAGAAAUCUCCUCAGAAGAGAUUCUGACACCCCCAUCAUCUGGGAUACUUGGUGUCAUGAUCAUGAUGAUGCUGUGUGACCAGGUAGAUAUUUAUGAGUUCCUCCCAUCCAAGCAUGAGACAGACUGGGGCUGCUACCACCAGCAGUUCUUCAAUAGCACCUGCACAAUGGGCGCCCACCACCUGCUGCUGUAUUUGAUGAAGUGCCUCAAUGAGGGCACAGAUGAGGACACUUACCUACUUGGAAAAGCUACACUGCCUGGCUUCCAGGCCAUUCACUGCUAA